UUCCUCUCCUUGGUGAGCUUGGUUUACGACAAUCACAAAAAAUGUCUUCCUGCAAAGACCUGUCUUGCCGACCCAGCCCGUGUUAUCCUGACAUAUGCCCAGAUCCAUGUGUUGUUGCCCGCAAUGAGCCUUGUAUCACCUCGUGUGCAGAUUCAACAGCAGUGGUCUAUCCACCACCGGUUUCCGUGCUAUUCCCAGGACCAAUUCUCUCUUCUUGUCCUCAACACAGCCUAGUGGGAAGCACCUUACCAGCUCUACCCUACCGAGCUGGGGGCUCAUUUGGGGGUGGUGCUUUGGGUGGCCCAAUUGGUUAUGGUAGUGGAUAUGGGGGUGCUUUAGAGGGUGGUUAUGGUUAUGGGGGCUUAAGCAGUUAUGGAGGCUCAUAUGGUUAUGGGGGCUUAUGUGGUUAUGGUGGUGGAUACGGGGGUGGCUAUGGUGGCUUAUGCGGGUAUGGGAGGCGAUAUGGUGGGAGGUGCUAUUCUUCCCGCCGUGGAAGCUGUGGCCCAUGUUAAACCCAGAAAAAAGAACCAUAGAAGAAGAAACAACCAGGAAAUGAAAGAGAAGAGAGAGAUUCACCACUCAACUUAUGGAAAAUCAGAGCCUACAGCUCCACUCGAAAUCAUUAGGGGCUGUGUGUGUUCAUUGCCUAUAUAAUCCAGGGCUCUGUAUGGCUUCUUCUCGUUAUAUGUUACCUUUUCUUUAUGGUGUAGUGGUUUUGCUGUUUAGUCUUACGCUCAUAUUAUGCUUUGUCCUUUUUGAUGCUGAACAGUCUACCACAAGUGACUUAAUCUGGUGGAAAAUGUGAGAUGAUUUUCACACUGCGUGGCUGGCUGCAAGAUGGCAGAACAGAUUGUGUGACAUGCAUCACUCUGCAGCUGGUGAUUGGUGGAAGCUCUCUUUGUAACCCUGAAAAUACCAUUUCUGUACUCUGCAUUAAUUCAUUCUGUAAGUGCAAACUCUGAUGUUCGUUCCCAUUAAAAAUGA